AUGAACACUACUCAAAGCCAGAUUCAACCCAUCGACACUCGUGCAGAGGUGUCAGGGCCCAGCUUGGACAACGAUGGAUUCGGAAUUAUCGUCGUUGGGAAAAUUCCGGAUUUAGAAACAUCCCAGUCUCCCGAUACGCUGAAUGAAAAUUCUCCCAUCACUCCAACCGAUAUUGAGGGAUUUGAUAAUCAGACUAACCUAAUCACGGAAUCUUCUACCAUCUCAUCAACAGGGAAUUCUACCAAACUAACAAACGCCCGCAACCAGGCGUUAUCUUUAUAUCCCCAGAUGAACUUGGAUGAUCCUCUCACUCCCACUACAGAAGAAGUACGGGUGGAGUAUGAUCAAGUAAAUGACGAAGGGGACGUCAUGUCUAACUCGACCAAAGAGUCGUCAGAGUUUAGGGAGGUAAUGAAUGAUGUGUUGGGUGAUGAAGAUUUCAUGAGUGUAUGUGGAUAUACGGUCAAUUCGAAUGGAUCAUUUCAAGAGAAGGUAUGA